ACUGGCAGCAGCGGGCUGGGUAGGGCGGACUGUGGAUGCCUGGAGUCCUGAAGCUCCGAGUCGGCGAGACCCGGCUGCCUCAUGGUGAACUGGUUUCUAAAGCUGGGAGGACUGUGGCAUCCUGGAGUGCACAGCUUCGGGAGCGAUGUAUUUGCAGGCUCUUAUCUGAGAAGGCACACUUCAAAGGGCGGGGAUGGCUUUUGAGCAGACACUCCAAAAGGAUUGGUACAGCAUUCUGGGGGCAGACCCGUCUGCAAAUGUGUCGGACCUAAAACAAAAAUAUCAGAAACUCAUAUUACUGUAUCAUCCAGAUAAACAAAGUACAGAUGUACCAACAGGAACCAUGGAUGAACGUAUACAGAAGUUCAUUGAAAUUGAUCAGGCAUGGAAAAUUCUAGGGAAUGAAGAAACCAAAAAAAUGUAUGACCUGCAGCGGCAUGAAGCUGAGCUAAGACGUAUGGGGCCAGUAGAUGCACAGGUGUACCUUGAAGAUAUGUCCUGGAACAAAGAUGAUGAGUCUUUCUCUCUGACCUGCCGAUGUGGUGGAAAAUACACUGUCUCUAAGGAUGAAGUAGAAGAAGUGAACCUGAUUUGUUGUGAUACGUGCUCACUGAUUGUAGAACUCCUUCAUCAGCAAUGAACUGUGCAUUCCCGCGAUCUUUUAACAUGGAUCCAGCAUGUCCAGAGGCCACUCAGUUUCAAGGAGACAGAUGCUUUCUUACUAGCUGUAUAAUUUACUAAGAUAAUAUAAGAUCUUCAGGCAAAGACCACUUCAGAUUAACAAAUUAAUUCAGUUGUUUACAUGUAUAAUUACAGGAUAUUACAAAAAGGACUUGGAUUACACUUCUGGAUUUUUACCUGACAGCUUUUGUUUUCUCCUUGGUACAAAAUAUUUCUUGUUUUUAUAUAGUUUGUAGUUUUUAUUUUUUAUAGUUUAUUCUUUAUAGUUACUAAGGGUUUUGUUUUUUGUUUUAAUCUUGUGUAUGUGUGUGUGUGUGUGUGUGUGUGUGUGUGUAGGGCAAUAAGUGAGUCUUCUGUGAAGAGUUGAUUUUUCUCUUCUUCCCCUAUGUGGGUCCCAGGGGUCAAAUUUGGGUCCUCAGGCUGUGGUAAGUGCCUUUACCUGCUGAACAAUCUUGCUGUCCCCAAUUAUGAAGUUGAUGAUGUUUUUAGUUACUGAAGUUAUAUGCCUACUGUAUACCUAUUUCAAAUUUGCAGGCAUUUAAAUAAGAUUAGGAUUUUGUGAACAAAGUGUGAGCCCAGCUCUACCCUAAACAAGGCUGGAUAUGGAUCACUACAAAUGUAUUUCAAAGCUAGUAAAGAGGACCAAAUAUUAGAAAACGUGACUCCAGUCCUGGCCCUGGAUGUCUAAAGCUUGUUGGCUGCUUAUCAUAACUUCAGAUGUAAUUUAAUAAGAGAAAACUUUUAAAAAAUUGAAAUUCAGAUUUUAUUUUUUAUUUAAUUGCCUCCAUUUAUGACCAAGGAGCCAUUUAUUUCAUUACUGGUGUGGUGAAGGUGCUUUUCUACCAAAUGAUUACUGACGACAAUGGGCUGGAGGUGUCAUACCCUACAUGAGCUCUUUGUAUGUUAACACUGUGUUUACAGUGUAGACCAGAGUUCACUUUCCCAACACCCAGGGGCCCUUAUGGAGCACCUCUAAUUUCUGUAGUCUAACUCUUGGUGUUAUCAGAAGAGCAUAGACUUGGAAUGUUGGUGUCUGACUUCUGUAAAGGCAGCUGACACGAGGCACACUUGAGAGCAGAUUGCUUUCACUGUACAGGCACCACCAAAGUUCAAAUGUCAGGCAGUCAUCGAGAUUCUCCCCCAAGAUAUGUUUAUGUCACAAAAUUUAGAAAGAAAACUUGUUUGGGAUUUUUAUCCAAAUACUUUCAAUUAAUGUAUUUUGCAGAAUGUGAUGUUUACUUUUACAUUUAAUUAAAAACAUAAAUAAAACUGAGUAGCAAAUA